AUGUCGGCGAGGCCGGCCGGGUUCUGGCGCCGGAGGGAUCCCAGCGGCUGUGGCCGGGUUCGGGCGCCGGGGGGUUCCCGGCGGCUGUGGGAUCGCCGUGCCGCGCUCCGCCACGUCCCUUGCUUGUGGCCUGGCUGGAAGUGGGGUGGCUUCUCCCUCUACUGCCUCCUCCCCCAAAAUAAACAGCCCCCGGGGAGGUUUGUGGCUAAGAAGAAGGCCAAGACGGGCAAGACCCUCACUCUGACGGAUUUUCUGGCAGCGGACGUUUCUACCACUUGGCACAGUAACGAUGACGACGUGUACCGGGCCCCUCCGAUCGACCGCUCCAUCCUGCCCACCGCCCCGCGGGCUGCUCGGGAACCCAACAUAGACAGAAGCCGCCUCCCGAAAUCCCCCCCCUACACGGCCUUUCUGGGAAACCUGCCCUACGACGUGACGGAAGAAUCCAUCAAGGACUUCUUCAGAGGACUCAACAUAAGUGCUGUACGUUUGCCGCGGGAGCCUACCAAUCCGGAGAGGUUGAAAGGUUUUGGUUAUGCUGAGUUUGAAGACAUAGACUCCUUGUUCCAGGCUCUGAGCCUCAAUGAAGAGUCUCUAGGGAACAGAAGAAUACGAGUGGAUGUUGCUGAUCAAGCUCAGGAUAAAGAUCGGGACGAUCGCUGCUUUGGCAGAGAUCGGGAUCGCUUCCGUGACUCAGAGAGGUUUGAGAGCGACUGGAGGGCCCGUCCUGCCACCACCGACAGCUUUGAUGAUUACCCGCCUCGCAGGGGCGACGACAGCUUUGGAGAUAGGUAUCGGGAUCGCUACGACGAUCGGUAUCGUGAUGGUCCGCGGAGGGAUAUGGACCGUGGCUUCGGGGGCAGGGAUCGCUACGAUGACCGCAGCAGGGACUACGACCGAGGCUACGAUUCCAGGAUAGGCAGCGGCAGGGGGGCCUUCGGCAGCGGGUAUCGCCGGGAUGACGACUACCGAGGGUGCGGCGACCGCUACGAAGACCGCUAUGACCGACGGGAUGACCGGAUGGAUAGGUGGAACUCGCGGGAUGAUUACGGCCGGGAUGAUUUCCGCCGCGAGGACAGAG